AUCAACAAUAAACAUCAACUCAGCCUUCCCCUCUUUUCUCUGAUCUUCCUCCUCUAUCUCUCUUCCCUAAUUGUUCACACCAUGGCUAUCCUUGCGAAAACAGUGGUCCUUGCGCUUGCAGUAGCAUUGGGCCGCUUCUUUCUACCAAGUUUUUGUCAAGGAUCUUUUUACAGUCACCUUUGGCGUUGGUCGCGUUAUUCACGUAUUGAAGAGUUUCCUUAUGAUUGCAGACGUAUUGUGCAUCCGAGGUUGGAGGCAUGUGAGGAUAUCUGGUUGGACAAUGAGGGGAGGACGUUGUAUGCGGCGUGUGCGGGGACGCAGGAUAGAUUGGCUUGGAAUCAAGCUAUGAAAGACGUAAACGUAACAGGCAGACGACCAGGCGGCUCCGAACUUCUCGCCCUCGACAUCGACAACCCCGGCGAAGACGGCCUCUUCAACUUCCGCGGUAUCAAACCCGUUGGCCACUACAUAGGAGCGACCGGAAACCGCGACCUAGAUCUCCUCGGCUUCGACGCUGAGAUACUAGAUGACGGCACCACACGCUUCUACUUUGUGAACCAGCGCCCGCCGGUAGGACCAUCGCAAGCCAUCAUCGACGCCUCAGAACUCGGCGCAAACUCGACCAUUGAGAUUUUUGAGUUGAAAAAAGGUUGGGACGAAAUGCAGCAUAUCCGCACAAUCCUGUCUCCUGAUAUCUGGACGCCAAAUCGCGUUGCUGCAAUAGGUGAUAAAUCGGGCGCGUUCCUCGUAACAAACGACCACUCUGUCAAGGUGGGUUGGCGCCGAAAACUCGACUACUUCAUCGGUGGGGGAAAUGUUGCAUACUGCUCCGCCUCGGGCUCCUGCCACGCCGCCUACACCGGCAAUGAGGAAAGAGACCAAACCCGCCCUUCAGCCUCUCACGACGAAUCCACUUUCGCAAACUUAAUGCAGAAAAGUUGGAAAUACCUCGCACCCCCCGUCGCCCUAAAAUUCCCAAACGGCCUCUCCCGCAACCCCACCACCUCCCACUUCCACGUCCCCAGCGCUAUUGACGGAAAAAUCAGAAUUUUCUCUCUCGACCCUUCUACCAAAAAACUCACGCUCGUCGAAACGGUCAAUGUGGGUAUGCCACUUGAUAACAUCUCCCCCGAUGCAAACGGCGACAUGUACGCUGCUGGGUUUCCUAACCUGAUACAAUCUGGGAAGGGCUUUGAUGAUCCGUAUGGUGAGAUUUCGCCGGUUACGAUUUGGCGGGUGAGGAAGCGUGGGGUGGAGGGAGAGGGGAGGCAUAAGGUGGAAAAGGUGAUUGAGGAUAAGGAGGGCAAGGUAUUGAGUGGGAGUACGACUGUGAGACAUGAUGUUAAGACUGGGAGGUUGUUUGUUAGUGUGGUCUGUGAACCGAAGCCGGAAGAGGGAGCAGGAGUAUGA